AUGUUUUCGUCUCUCGCCCAAGGGACGCGUAGUUCGGCGCCAGUGGUCAACCCUUUCGCCCCAACCCCGAACACGGGCGGGAAGAAUCCAUUCAGCACCGAUGUUGCAGCCGGCUCAACGAAAGACGAGCGCAGAGCGAGACCUAAUCCGUUUCAAACGACUGACAGCAACCUGAGUGAUGGUGGUGCUAAGCAACAAGCCAGACGCAGUCCAUUUGAUACCGGCGGGAAAAAGCCCAAAGGCAAAGGCAGAUCCCGCCAACAUAAAGCAGAAAAUCAGAAUGGAUUACUUCAGCCACCACAGCCAGAUGGCCAAGACUCGCGAGCCAUGUCGCCUUCGAGCGCUUUAUCUGACGAAAUGAGCGAUGAACCUGUUCCCGUCAUUCCGUACAACUCGACAGAUGCUCUGGCCCGGAAGGUCUAUGACCGGCUACGCAAAGAUGGCAUUGGCCCACCUUCUUGGCCGUCGCAGCCAGGAAAUCCGAAAAAUAAACAAGCAAUGGCGAAAUUCCGCGAGCAGUAUGAAACGUAUCGCAAAAGGGUCAGAGCGUCUCUGACCAAGGCCGGGUUGAUCGAUGACCCCGAGAAACGAAAAGCGCUGAGCGAUGCCAUCGAAUUCAAGGGUAUCUGCGAAGAUAUGUGUCCAGAGUUCGAGAAGAUUACGAGGAUUACAGAGCUGGACGUGGUCCAACCAGAGAAGGAUCCCCGGACUUCAUAUGCGGACACGACCAAAAUGGUGAAGAAGCUGGCUCGGUCAGCCGCUGGUCAAGAAGCUCCCCUUCCCAUGGACGUCCGCUCUGUUCCGGCCCUGCGCCGGACUUUGGAUUAUCUUCUAGACGAGCUGCUGCGGAAUGAUGAAAACUUAGCAGCAGUGCACGGCUUUCUCUGGGAUCGCACGCGCGCCAUUCGCCGGGAUUUUUCGUUUUUCUCGUCGCUUACGCCCGAGGAGAUAAAAACCCAGGUAUACGUGUUGGAGAAUAUUUCAAGAUUUCAUGUCACAUCCUUGCAUUUACUAUCACAGGCAGGCAAGGCACCCGAGGAUUUCGUCCAACAACAAGAGCUGGAGCAGCUUGGCAAAGCCCUCUUAUCACUUAGAGACGUUUACGAUGACUGCAACGAACAAGGGAUUGAAUGCGAGAACGAACCAGAAUUUCGAGCAUACUAUCUGGUUUUCCACGCGCGCGACCCGAGCAUCCUAGAAACCCUCCAACGACAGUGGAAGUCAGCUCUUUGGCGCGACUCAGACGAGGUCAGAACCGCAGUCUCAUUGGUCGAAGCACUCCAAGAUACGCACGAUUUCCAUGGACCGCUAAAAGAUGGACCUUCACUAGCCGCCUCGGCAGCCUCACAAGCAUAUUUCCGGAUUGUUCGAGAUCCAAAGGUCUCGUAUACCAUGGCAUGCUUUGCGGAAUGCCACUUUCCUCAGCUCCGAAGAUCAAUAUUGCAAACCAUCAAGCGCGCACUUGCGAGACCAAAGGACUCAGCUAAGGAUGUAACGGCAGCAGCACUUAACAAGUUUCUGCAAUUCGACACCGUGGAGCAGGCUAUCGACUUUGCCGAACUCCAUAACUUGGAAUUCGUUCAAGAUCCCGACAGGCCGUUUGACAUUGAACGGAAGAUUUUGAUUCUCGACAGCAAACAGCCGCUUCCUCACCGCCGGUUGCAGCAUCAGUUUUCGCAGGCGUUGGUGGAACGAAAACGAGGCCCAGUACCACUUCCUGAAGUGAUACAUCGCACUGUUUUUGAAGAUCCCAAUGCUGCAGUCAAAGUCAAUGGGCUGGGGACUGAGGGUAGUCUUUUUGUACAGGACGACGAACCCCAGUCACAAGCGAAACCAAAUAUUGGCGGGUUCGGGCUCACAACGGGUGGUGCACCUGCAGCUACAUCCACAGCCUCGCCAUUUGGACGGAUUGGGGCGACUCCCAAUGCUCAACAAGCCUCGACCCCGUUUGGCGCUUUUGAUAAUUCGCAGUCUAAUACUACCAAAAAUCCCUUUGCUCCGGUGUCGACGCCUCGAGCUGGUACCCAAUCCAAUCCCUUUGCAACCAGCGGGUCAACACCUGCACUGUUUGCAUCAAAGACCAAUGGCGAUGGGGAUAAAGCCCAACCCGUGUUUGGAAAUGGUGCUACUACGAACCCAUUCGCACCAGCAUCACCAGCCAUUGAUAAGCCUGCAAUAGUAGGAAGCAAACCAAGUUUCCCAUCCACGGCACCAAACCCGCUUUUGUCAAACAGUAGUGCCGGCACUCAAGGCGUCAAUCCUUUCUCUUCUGGGCUGCUGGAUGUGCCGAAACCAAUACAAGAUGCUACCAAGCCGACACCAGUGUCCUCUAUGCCGCCUCCUCCGCUCCCACAGCCCAAAGCAUUGCCUAGUACGUCAGACGGUGUCAAACAAAAUUUCGAUUCCUCAGCUUCAUCACAAGCAAAGCCAGCCACUUUUGGGGUUGGCGGCUUCCAAUCCAGUCUGUCUCUUGAGAACCAGGGUUCGGGCAAUGCCGUUACCAAGGCUUCAGAUGGCACUCCAGAUACCGCGAAACAACCCAACACUCCGGGGUCGCAAACAUCGUCAACGACUGGCCUUGGCGGAGCUUUGUCGCCGGCAAUUUCGACUCUGACAGCUGACAAGCCUCCUUUUCCUGCCUCGAAAUCAUCGUCAAGCGCGUCCGGCCCAACCGUACCCAGUGGCGUGCUUCAUGUGCCGUCCCCAUCCGGAGAACCUGGCGAGAAACCCGUACCUUUUCCGAGCAGUGCAGAGUCGAGAGCUCCAGCUGUGGCUACGCCACCCAAACCUGCUGAGAAACCCCGAGACCUGCUUGGCGACUUUACAAGGUGGUUUGUUAUGGGCGACAAUGGCUUACUCGAUCAAUUUCAAGUGUACAUGGUUGAUAAACUUGCUAGAGAGACAUUUGAUAAAUUCCAACAGGAAGUGGAAGAAAACCGAAGAAGGGAAGAGGAGGAAGCCAUAAACAAGGAAGUUGGGCAAUUCCGGACAUAUAAUCUUUCUCUCAAAUACUUUUACCGCUGGAGGCAUAAUGCGAGAGAGAAGCGUCUGAGUGCUCUUAGGCGAAGUGGUCGAGACCAACUUCGAGCGUUCUACGCGUCGCAACAUGCUGCUGAGAGAUGGGCUCGGAAAGAGGCGUCCAAGAAAGCUGCCAAGCAACGAGCGGAACUUGCCAAAGUCAAUCAUGCCGAAGAAUUCAUGGACAUGUUGAAGCAAAAGGACGUGAGCAGACGGAAAGCUCGCGAGGCGCUUCUCUCCAGCGGGGUAUUAUCCGGCAUGGGCAAUGAGCAUGACGCCGUCGACUCGAUUGUGAGGCAAGAGUUUAGGUCUAGGACGAACUCUGUGUCUACGAGUUGCCAAUCGCGAGAAUCAUCGCCCAACUCGAGCAGGAAGCUAGGCGGAAAGACCAAGGCAUUGCGCGACCUCUACCUGGCCAAACCCGGUCGGUUCCGCCGCUCUCUGCCCUCCAUAUCCUCCAGGGAGAGUGAGGCCCCCGAUCGUUCUAGGUCGACAAGCAACGCGUCGGCUCGGUGGAGGCUCAAAGCUAUGGGCAUUGUGCAGCUGCCUGAUGGCACUGCCGUGCCCGAGUCCAUGGCGCACGACAUGAUGGAACGGCCUGGCCACUACUCCAGCCUGGCAUUCGGAUCGACAAUCAGAGACAAUUCGGUUCGACGGGCUUCUGUGAGCGGGGGUGCGCAAAAUCUUGAAAUGUCCCGACUUGACAACAUGGAUGACGGAUCAGCAACGAAUAAGAGAAAGAGGUCAUCUGAGGAGGACGUGAGUGUGGCCGAGAAGGAGGACGUCACAGCGCGUAGCAAGCAUCAGCGAAUCAUGAGCGAGGCGGAGAAGCUCACAAGCGAACUCAAGGAAAUACGGCAAGAAUUGGAACAAGGACGGGAAUGGUUCAGGUCUCAGAACGAGCGUCUACGGAGUGAAUCGCGCGCCGAGUCUUGCGGGGGUGCGCAAAAUCUUGAAAUGUCCCGACUUGACAACAUGGAUGACGGAUCAGCAACGAAUAAGAGAAAGAGGUCAUCUGAGGAGGACGUGAGUGUGGCCGAGAAGGAGGACGUCACAGCGCGUAGCAAGCAUCAGCGAAUCAUGAGCGAGGCGGAGAAGCUCACAAGCGAACUCAAGGAAAUACGGCAAGAAUUGGAACAAGGACGGGAAUGGUUCAGGUCUCAGAACGAGCGUCUACGGAGUGAAUCGCGCGCCGAGUCUUGGUUCGACGACAGCAUCUAA